GUUGAAAGACUGUGUGUGUGUGUGUGUGUUGAUGAGUCUGUCAGUUUGAAUGUUUGAAGAUAAGCGGGUGUUUUUUAACCGCUGUCAAUCAACGAAGUGUUUAUUUUUUUUGUACAAGGAAACGUCAACUUUUGUGCGAUUUAUGCAAAACAUUUGUCAUGCGUUUUUGGAGCGCUUACCUUCAGAUUACAACCUCUUGCAUGUAUGUGUGUCACGUCAUUACGAUCGAUAAGCACCCACACCUACCUGUCCAACCAAAGGGGUACAGUCAGCAUCUGUGCGCCUCUUGCCAUCAGGCCGCUUUCGCGCCCCUUUUCUCGGGCUGUGAGGCCUUCAUUUUCCUACACAGUUUCCGCCCCUGCACCCAGGUAUCGAGGUCAUUACGCAAUUUGCUAUUUCCGAGCCGGUUUUCACGAACUAGAAGCUGAAAUUUUGGUAUGUGACUGGGAGUGGUCUUACAAAUGCCCCCGAGUCAGGUGCCGCCGUUUUCUUUUUUUUAAGCCACA